AUGAGUGGUCGGCCUUCUGUGAGACUUUGCCUCCAAGCUUGCUUGGCAUCUCUCUUGCUCGGUAGUUGCCAGCCCAUUUACGCCCUUCCUCAAGAUGCCAGUCCUUAUGGAUGGGCAUCUGCCGCUGGCAAUGAUGAAACGUCUGAAGGGGCUCCUCUGCGAGGUAGCUCGUCUCUCCUGGGUGUUGUGCAGGAUGAAGUGAAUCCCGAGAACAGUGCUACGGUUCAUGAGUAUGAGCUCGCCCCUGGACAAGGCGCCGAUGCAGACUUGGGGAUACCUUUCACCUUCGAUAAUGUCGCUCACCCCCAGCCUAUCCGAGGUGACCUUGGCUCCACAGACGCCGGUCCACGAACAUAUGCCUACGACCGCCUGAAUCCUAGUACCUUUGCACCACCGGGAUCAGAUAAGGGUGAGGUGACACAGGGGAAAUGGCCACUGGGCCUCUCUCACAAUCGUAUCCUUCCAGGUCACGCAGGUUGGUCCCGACAAGAGAACACCGAUGUUCUCCCCGGCGCAACGGAGAUGGCCGGCGUGGAUAUGAAAUUGGCACCUUGGGCUUAUAGGGAACUACACUGGCAUAAAGCAAAUGAAUGGAGUAUAAUUUUGAACGGAAGUGUUCGAGUCCAGGGAAUGAACGAAGACGGCGAAACCUUUACAGACGAUGUCACUGCUGGUGAUGUCUGGUUCUUUCCAUCAGGAGUACCUCAUUCACUCCAAGCAUUAGACGCAGGGGCCGAGUUUAUGCUCGUUUUCGAUGAAGGCGACUUCAGUGAUGGUAACACAGGUUUAAUCACCGAGAUGUUUCUGCGCAACCCAAAGGAAGUUCUAUCGAAGAACUUUCAGACUCCUCUUUCGGAUUUUGAUGACAUUCCGAAAGAUCAGUUAUACAUUUCCAAUGGAACACCCGCACCGAAGGACGUGAAAGAGCAAACUGUUCCCGGGCCCGGUGGCGUGUUGUCUGGCGAUCAGAGCUAUACCUAUCAUUUGUCCAAACAGGAGGCAUACGAGACACCCGGUGGAAGCAUCAAGAUCAUCGACCCUGUGAGCUUUCCAGUUGCGAAAAUGUUCAGCGCAGCCCUCGUUACUAUCAAACCGGGCGCAAUGCGGGAAAUCCACUGGCACGGUACCAGUGACGAGUGGGGCUUUUUCCUUGCCGGAAAUGCGCGAGUCACUGUAUACGAAGCGCCGUCGGCCGGAGCGACCAUCGAUUUCUCCGCAGGUGACGUUUCAUACGUGAAAUCAACGGCUUCGCACUAUAUUGAGAACACCGGUACCGAGGACGUUGUCUUCCUUGAGAUGCUUCAGGCACCUCGGUUCUCUGAUAUCUCAGUCGGUCAGUGGUUGAAGCUCACACCGAAGCAGAUCGUGAAGGAUACUUUGCAUCUCCCGGACAGCCUGUUGGAUAAUCUUUCUCCGAAUAAGCAGUAUGUUGUGCAAGGGAAUCGGAACCUGACAGCCGUGGCUGGUGGAUCCGGUAUUGCAUGA